AUGCUCGCUACCACGUUACGGUGGAACUUGUUCAACGAGGAACAAUUCCAGACCCUGAUUAAAGAAGCCAAAGCUGUGGCUAAUAACCACCCCUUGAUGUACACCGGGGAUAUGCGUGAGGACAAAGCCCUCAUACCAUUGCACCUCAUCCGUCAAGAUGUUGUUCGGUUACUGCCACCUGUGGUUCCUCACAAGGAAAUGCAUCCGACGCUCACGACAGAUCAACUCCUUCACCAGUAUUUCUGGUUGACCGAGACUCUCAGUCGCUUCAAGAAGUACUGGAGGGAAGGCUACCUGAAAUCCAUGCAAGAACGUCACAACCUGGGAGAGGCCUCCCCGACUGCACUGCAUGUAGGUGACAUCAAACUGGUGAAAGCAGACCAGUGCAAACGCAGUCAAUGGCCCCUCGGUAGAAUCCUGGACCUUUACCCUGAUGAUAAAGGCGUUUUCAGGUCACUGAAAGUACUGUUUGAGGGAGAGGAACAUCUGCGUGCAGUACAACAUAUCGUCCCGCUGGAGGUAAACACCCAUGACAAUGAGCGAUGGGAAGAUGUCCAGGAUGACGAGAGUGAAGAAAACACAGGUAAUGGUGAGGCAGAGAUAGACAUUAGUGAUGAAGUGAAUCGACAAACUGAUGAACUCAACGAAGGUGACAUGAUGUAA